AUGACGGCUGACUACUACGGCCUGUUGGCUGCGCCCAACAUCGCCACGGUGGUGUACGCGGGGAUGGCGUUUGCCCCCUGGUACGGGUCCCCCGCCUACUUCUCCCGCCACGACCAUACCCGUCUUGGCUUCGGUGAAGGCGCCUCUCCAUCGGCGCCAGCGCCAGCGCUACCGCAAACAGCGACGCCAACAGCGACGCCACCAGCGCCAAAAGCGACCGACCCUGAUACCAAUGUGUGGCUCGACCAGCUCUAUGUGUGCCACUAUUGCUUCCAAUAUACCAGCAAACUGGCAUCGCUCGCCGCCCACUUAAGUCUAUGCGAUCAUCGAGCCACUACUGAAGCUCUGGGAGGCCCUACAGUGGGACAAAUGGUGUAUUGGGACCAAAAGAAACAAUUGAUUGUGAGACGGGUCCGAGGCACCCAUAACCCUUUAUUCUGUCAAAAUUUGGCUUUAUUUGGUAAGCUAUUUUUGGACGAUAAACUGGUGUUCUAUAACGUGGAAUCAUUCGAUUUUUACGUCCUCUGGGGACCACCCACCACAGACAAAAACACUGACCAUUUAGUCCCCCUUGGCUUCUUCUCAAAAGAAGUCCUUUCUUGGGAUAAUACGAAUAAUUUGGCAUGUAUCUGUGUGUUUCCUCCAUUCCAGCGACGACGCCUUGGCUGGCUAUUAAUCGAGAUUAGCUAUGCUGUGGCUCGAUGUACUCCCGGCCAGUUUUUGCUGGGACCUGAAUUCCCAUUACUGCCAUUCGGCCGUGCGGCUUAUAUCCGCUUCUGGCUGAUUAAACUCGCCCAUUACCUUACCACAAAGUUAGGGGAUGAUGCCAGCGAGUUUGAUUUGGAUAGUAUCGCUCGGGCCACUGGCUUCCGCAUGGAAGACAUUCUCUAUACUUUAAGCCAUAUGAGAGUGCUUGAAACUAUCGAUAAUGAUGAGCUUGAGCUCCGUCUCGGUGCCGUGACGGAAUACUGUACUACCAAUAAGAUUGAUCCCACAAUUGACGUCCAUGUGUGGGACCCUGAGGCGUUCAUGUUGACCUCUUAA